UCGGUCACGUGACGUCGGCGGCGGCGGCGGCGGCGCGGGGCGCGGGGCGCGGGGCGGGGCGCCGGCUAGACUCUCCAGUAGCCGAGCCAUCCGUCUGCGGCGCUGACUGCAACCGGUCGCGGGCGCGCGAGCCUCCUCUCCACGUACACUUCAGCAGAGGAAUUCCGUGCCAUCCGAGCCCGAAAAGUGUGCCCGCUCCACGGGAAGUGUUCAGGAAUUUAAUAUUCCAAUCGGAGUGCAGUGAAAGUUGAUGAGAUCCGUGCCAGUGGCGGCGGUUAUUCGUGUAUUUUCGCACGGGUGCGGGCGCGGGGCGCGUCGGCCGGGCAUGAGCCGCCGGCGGGGUGGCGGCGCGCGCACCUAGUGUCGCCGCAGCCAUGGACGCGCUCGCGCCGCACAUCAGCAGCGUGCUGAAGACUUACCAGGCGUCGGCGCCGCGCUCGCUGCAGGGCCCGGCGGGGGCGCGCCCCGGCCCCGUCCCCGCCCCGGCCCCCGCCCCCGCCCCGGCCGCCCCCGCGCCCGCCGCCGCGCCGCUGCUGCUGGCCGCCGACCCGCACCGCGGCGAGCGCGGGGAGACGCUGCUCGAGGGCGAGGCCAUCUCCUGCUUCUGCGUGGGCGGCGAGCGGCGCCUGUGCCUGCCGCAGAUCCUCACCAGCGUGCUCACGGACUUCAGCCUGGAGCAGAUCAACCGCGUGUGCGACGAGCUGCAGAUCUACUGCUCGCGCUGCACGGGCGAGCAGCUGCACGAGCUCAAGUCGACGGGCGUGCUGCCGCGGUCGGCGCCGUCGUGCGGGCUGAUCACGCAGACGGACGCGGAGCGGCUGUGCGCGGCGCUGCUGCCGGGCGCGGCGGGGGCGGGCGCGGGGGGCGCGGGGGCGAGGCUGGCCGGCUUCCGCGUGUACCACGAGUGCUUCGGCGGCGCGCGCGGCGUGUGCUCGGCGGAGCUGCGGCUGGUGCAGUGCGCGGAGUGCCGCGGGGUGUUCGCGCCGCGCCGCUUCGUGUCGCACUCGCACGGGGCCGAGCACCGCACGUGCCACUGGGGCUUCGACUCGGCGCGCUGGCGGCGGCUGCUGCUGCUGCCGGAGGACGAGCCGGAGCGCGCGCGCUGCUCCGCGCUGCUGGACGCGCUGGCCGAGGCGGACGCCGCGCCGCCGCCGCCGCUGGCACACGACACGCACCUCAAGCCGCUCAAGAGGAAACAGGUGGUAGAAACCGUGGUCUGCAAGCCCGAGCCGGCCGACUCGCCGCCCAAGAAGUCUCGCGGCGAGGAGUACGGCUACGCGGUCUACCUCGACCCCUUCGCGCAGCUGCAGUACCGGGCGCUCUCCGCCUUCAGACCCUGGGGCAAGCGGGAGCCCGCGCUUCAACACCCCGAGAGAGUCGUCAGAGUGGUGGACUGCGCACGGUUCCACCAGGACUUCCAGCCCAAUGUUGCCCUAAAACCGCUAACCCCGCCGGUUGAUGACGUCACGUCGUCUACCUCCCCCCCGCCUAGUGAUCUGGCGGCGAGGCUGCUAGAUGCGGAGGCUAGGCUGGCGGAGAGGGCCAGAAGGUUGGAUGAACGCGAGGCGGAGCUGAUGCGGCGGGAAGCGAGGCUCGAGGAGCGUGAGGCGCAGCUCGCGAGGAUCGAGAGGCCGCUGAAGCAGGAGGUGGAGACGCCGCCGUGUUGACCGCCCCCCGCGCCCGCGCAGCCCCCGCCUGGAUGUCGCUCCGAGUGACGAAACAUGUGAUGAUUUACGUGAACUCUGAAAACUUUGUCGGACAGUUUCGAGUCGUGUCUAUGUGCAAAGACCCAGUCGGAUACAUUACAGUUUUAAAACAAAUAGACAUAAUCAUAGCAAGUACAGUUUUACGAAUGUAAUUUUUAGUUUUUGUACACGAUGUUACUUAUUAUACAAUGAUGCAGUGUUUUCUCUGAGUCUGUUUGUCCGCGUGCCAUGAUGCAGGCUUGUGCCUUGCAUUCCCCUAACCUCGAACUUUGCUUUUAUCGAUUCAUAAUUAUCAAAAUACUCACGUUUUUAUUAUAAAAUAGUUUUACUGUCGCUAAAACCAUAAGCAUAAUUUAUACAGGGUUAUUUUUAGAUUACGUAUCUUCCAUAGAAGCAUUAUUAUUAUGAUUUGUUUGAAAUAGUUAAGGUUGAUUGUCUAUUCGCCCGCACACUCACUGAUGUCUUGUGAUUAUACAUUUACAUAACUACAUAAUAAUAAACAAUAGUGAUGAUACUAAUUUAUUUAGAAUACGAUGAAAAAGUACACACCCUGCUGAGGCAUUAGUGAGAUGUUUUUAAUUUACUCUUUAAGACACAUUUUUGUUUAUAACAAUACAUAAUAUAAGCUAAAUAACUCUGUAUAAACCUCAAACCAUACCAAAAAUAGUUCACAUAAAAUCAUAAUAAAAGUACUUAAGGAAGUCUGUAUUUAAAUCGAUGUAAAAAUAUUUUUGAGUCCCAUUCUGUUGUACGAUUUUCUUUCAUUUAUAAUUUUGCAAUCAUUAUUGUUUAUCAGUCAUAUCAAAAACUUCUGAAAUCUACGUACACUAAUAUCCGUUUUCAUAUGUAUUUAAAAAAACUUACAGAACAUACAAGACAUGUACUUACCGAAAUUUCAAACACUCAUAUGGUUUGAAUUUCUGUAUGUUUCUAAAAAAAGAUUAUUGGGUUUUUGUUGUUAUAAAUGUACCUAGUAUUCAUAAUAUUUACAUCAUAUUAAUCUGUAGGUUCUACAUAGGUGUACACCGACAAAAUUUUAACAGGGAGCUCUCCCACAUACUACCUCAUUGUAUAUAAUAAAAAUAUUUGGCUAAUCUAAAAUUAUAAGAACUGUCUAAAAAGCAGGUUUCGUUUAGAUUUAUUAAGGGAUUCUUGUUUGAAAUGUCUUCUUCGGAGCAAUAAUAUUAUAAUGGUGAAAUGUCACUGCCUAAAUUUUGUGUCUGAUUUCUUGAACAUUACUUGGGCCUUAAUUGGUAGUUAAGUAUUAUAGAGCCCUGUUGAAUAACACGAAAUGCUCAAUAGAAAGAACGAUACUUGUAUGUAAUCAUCACAAUGUGACAUAAUUUAUAUAUAAGUCAUAUGUACGUAUAUAUUUUAUGUAAGUUAAACACUUCAGUAGACGGUACUUUGUUGAUAUUUUUUAUAUUUUGUGGCAUUUUCUACUGGUUUACAUAGUGAUAACUAAUACAUAAGGGCAGCUAAAUGCUAUCGAGAGAAACCUCUCUCGAUCUAUAUGUUUGUAUCACAAAUAUAUAACAAGCUGUUGCCAUCGGCAUUGCCAGUAACUGUGCAUUUUCGUAGUGCUAUAUUUGGACUGAGAACCUGAAUAUCUAGAUCUUAGACAAAUCUAGAUAUACUGUAUCUAUGACACUGAUAUUAUGUAUAUUUAUUGGUAAAACUUAUGUACCAACUUUUAUUUGUUGAUGUAUUACUUAUAAAUAUACUUUUCAUUAUGGUAGUGAGAACUGAGCAGUACGCUUUUUCAACUAUUUCAAUUCUAAAAAGAUUGUGAAAUGAAAAUAAUAAUUUUUACUUACCACUUAAAAUGCAAUAAUACCCAGUUAUCGUUGAACCCAGGCUAUAUGAAACAGAAGAAAGGUCUUCUUGAUCUGACUAUUGUAUCGUAGUGUUGCUACUCAACCACUGUUCUUAUUGCGUCGCGAUAGAGUGGUGGUUCGAGUGGCAACUCUGCGGUACGACCGCAAUCGUCUGUAAAAGAGCUGAUAUAUUCGUAUAUACAUUUUAAUUAUUUCUUGAAACACUCCUUGUGAGUUUAUUGGUUUGUAAAAUUAUGUAUAACAUAAAAACCCACAUCAAAAAUUUUGUAAUGUUUGCGAAAGAAAUAGAUGUAUAAUACCUUAACAACCAGGGUUGUGUAUUCUUUCUACUAGAGAUUUAUAAAAUGUCUUUGUAUUUUCUUAGCGCCUUAAAAUUUUAAAACGUAGAAGUUGAUUUGGAAGUUUGAAUAUUACGUAUAAGUUAUAAUUUUGGCGAAGAAGCUCAAAUCUCAGGGACAUGAUGAGUAAUUUCGUUAGUGUCAUUAAAUGAGUGCUGUUAAAUUGUAAUUGUUAUUAAGCUACCUUUUUGGUUUUAGCAUAUAUAUCUAAGUAUAUAUAAUUAUAUAUAGUUUGUUCGUAUCUCUAGUCAGAGACUUUUUGAGGACAUAAAUUACCAUUACUUAUUAUUAAUAUAUUACCAUAUGCGAAUGUAAUAACUUAUUUGGUUUAAUAAGUAAUAGUGUAAGUUAGAAAUGACUGUACGUCAAUAUAUUAUACAAGAUUAGCUAUAGGUAUACUAAAUAGGUACCUAUGUGUAGUCUAUGGAACUUUUCUAUCAAUACAAGUAAUUGUAAAAAGUAUGUAUUUUGGUGCUAUCAUAAUUUGGCUUGGCUGAAUAGUUUUUAAUUGUAUAUAGUAUUUUUUUAUUUAUUGGCAUCGUCGUAUUUGGAUUUAAAAUUAUACUUUGUAUAUUGUACGCAAUAAGUAGGGAAAGAUUGGACUGGCUAAGCCAUGUCACAAGACUUAAAAUUUCAAAGUCGCUUUAAUACUUAAAGUAGUUAGUGAAUCAGCAGACAUUUCUCUAAACAUUAGGUAUAUUGAUGUCGAUUCUAAAAGCACAAAUUAGAAUUAUAGUGCUCUCAAAACUUAAAGUUUUUGCCAGUUAAAU